AUGUCUGGAAUAUCAGACUAUCGCAAGAAAGCUUUUGAAAUUCUGAAAGCCACUGUGCUUGAUGACGAGGGAAAAUUUCCACCACCGGCUUUCACGUCUGGAUUGAUCGUGUUCUUGAUUAUCGUGCAUCUGUUGAGCUAUGUGUAUCCUCUGCAGAAGACAUACUCGUUGGACCCGUGGGCUAUCUACAACUUUGAAUUCUCCAAACUAUCAAUGUACCCUCUGGUGCACUCAGGCCUGUUGCAUCUGUGCCUCAACAUAAUUACACUCGUCAAGUUUUUGUCCAAAUACGAGAAAAGGCAUGGAACCGUUCAUUGUGGAAUUGUGCUGAACACAUUGGCUACUUGGACUGCGAUUCCGUACUGUUUGUUUGGAAUGUUGUUAUGGCCCAACACUGCUGUUCUCGGGUCUUCGGGAUGGUGUUUUUCCCUGAUUGCAUUCAUGACUUACGGAAACAAAACACCAGUGCGUAUCACGUCAUAUUUGAGUCUUCCGCAAUGGGCUAUGCCGUAUGCGUUCAUCUUAUUGCUGGCAAUUAUGGUUCCCAACUCCAGUUUUGUGGGCCACCUUCUGGGAAUGGGUACAGGUUACGCGCUCAGACUCGGGUGGCUCCGCUUUAUGGUAGAGCCGCCAAGCAAGGUUGUGGAAUGGAUUGAAUCAAAGCUUCAGCCGGUAAUCGGGCUGAUCCCAGGCGCAAUUGUAUACUACAAAGAGGCCCAGAUGCGCGAUGUCAGGGCCGAGGGGCUCAUUGCUGAAAGCACGGUACUCCCUUUGGCACAUCUACACCCCUCAGAUGCGAAUCUGCCUGCCCAGAAGUUUCCAGGUGAGGGAAAUGUGCUUGGAACGGCGUAG